UUUAUAGCACGGUAAGCACGUGACAUUUUCAAAUGGAAAAUUCAAGAUUGGGCCGCUAAACAUUCUAACCAUGCCGUUGUAAUUUAAUGCCGUCGUAACUUAAUUUCUAAAAUAGUAAAGUUUAAAUUUGUGAAAUGUCUUUUAACAACAAUAGAAAUAGUUUCGGGCGAGGAGGAGGAGGUGGUGGUGGUGGAUUUAGGGGAAGAAGUGAUGGAGGUGGACGAGGAGGAGGCAAUUUUCGUGGAGGCGGUGGUGGAGGAUUCCGUGGAGGAAGAGGUGGAUUUAAUAAGUUUGCUGAACAAGGUCCUCCAGAAGAAGUAAUACCUCUCGGAACUUUUACUCAUGCUUGUCAAGAUGAUAUAAUAUGUAAGGCUGAAAUGGAAGAUGUUCCCUACUUCAAUGCACCUAUAUAUUUUGCCAAUAAACAACAAAUUGGUAAAAUUGAUGAAAUUUUUGGAACCUACAGUGACUAUUUUGUAUCCAUUAAAUUGAAUUCAGAAAUUAAAGCACAGUCUUUUAAAGCUGCAGACAAGUUAUACAUUGAUCCUGCAAAAUUAUUACCACUGAAAAAGUUCUUGCCUCAGCCUGGUGGUCAAAGAGGUGGUAGAGGAGGCGGAGGCGGGAGAGGAAGAGGCCGUGGUGGUGGUCGUGGAGGUGGUGGCCGUGGAGGAGGUGGCCGUGGAGGGAGUUUUGGAGGUGGUUUUGGAAGAGGAGGCGGUCGUGGAGGUGGCCGAGGUUUUGGCGGUGGUCGUGGUGGAGGAGGUGGACGAGGAGGAGGUGGCCGUGGAUUUAGAAGAUAGUUAUAAAUAUAUUACUGUAUGUACAUGUUAUUUUCUGAAUAUUUUUUCAGAAAUUAUUUUUUAUAAAUGACAAAUAUGACGCUAACGAUAAUGUAUUUUUUAUUUCUCCAUGAUUUCUAGGAAAAAUAUUGAAACUACAAUUUAAGUUGAUUGAUAUUGUUAGUAAAUUACAUUUGAUUAAAAAAAACUUGAUUUACCGAUACAAUUUUUGUAAUUAUUAUCUCUAAACAAUAUUACAAAAACAAUAUAGUACUAUUAUACCAUUA